AUCGAUUUGGGCCAAUUUAUUUUCGGAUGGCAUUUUCGUAAUUUCUUGGGCGACGAAAGGCCAUUUUCUUUGGAUAUUGAAGGCUACAGAUCACGGAUUCGGCCUGAGUCUAUUCUCCGACGCUGAUUGAAUCCAUUAAGCACUUAUUUGGGAGCAUUUAUUCUGGGUCUAUAUUUGGCAGAUUCCAAAGGGGUACCAUCACAGAUUUCGGGCGAUUUAUCCGAAAUGCCAUUUUCUUUCGAUUCUGGAGGCUACACAUCACGGAAACAGGCCGAGGCUGUUCUCCACCGAUAAUGAAGUCUAUUGAUCCUAUUCUCCACGGAUGAUAAGUCCGUUAAGCAUUGAUUUGGGCCAAUUUAUUUUCGGAUGGCAUUUUCGUAAUUUCUUGGUCAACGAAAGGCCACAUUCUUUAAAUAUUGAAGGCUACAGAUCACGGAUUCAGCAUGAGGCUAUUCUCCAACGAUGAUUGAGUCCAUUAAGCACAGAUUCGGGGGGAUUUGUUUCGGGUCAAUUUUGAGCAGAUUCCAAAGGGGUACCAUCACAGAUUUCGGGCGAUUUAACCGAAAUGCAAUUUUAUUUCGAUUCUGGAGGCUUUAGAUCACGGAAUAAAGCCGAGGCUAUUCUCCACCGAUAAUGAAGUCUAUUGAUCCUAUUCUCCACGGAUGAUAAGUCCGUUAAGCAUCGAUUUGGGCCAAUUUAUUUUCGGAUGGCAUUUUCGUAAUUUCUUGGGCGACGAAAAACCAUUAUCUUUGAAUAUUGAAGGCUACAGAUCACGGAUUCGGCCUGAGGCUAUUCUCCGACGAUGAUUGAGUCCAUUAAGCACCGAUUCGGGCGGAUUUAUUUCGGGUCAAUUUUGGGCAGAUUCCAAAGGGGUACCAUCACAGAUUUCGGGCGAUUUAUCCGAAAUGCCAUUUUCUUUCGAUUCUGGAUGCUUUAGAUCACGGAAUCAGGCCGAGGCUAUUCUCCGCCAAUAAUGAAGUCUAUUGAUCCUAUUCUCCACGGAUGAUAAGUCCGUUAAGCAUCGAUUUGGGCCAAUUUAUUUUCGGAUGGCAUUUUUGUAAUUUCUUGGGCGACGAAAGGCCAUUUUCUAUGGAUAUUGAUGGCUACAGAUCACGGAUUCGGCCUGAGGCUAUUCUCCAACGAUGAUUGAGUCCAUUAAGCACAGAUUUGAGCGGAUUUAUUCCUGGUCAAUUUUUGGCUGAUUCCAAAGAGGUACCAUCACAGAUUUCGGGUGAUUUAUCCGAAAUGCCAUUUUCUUUCGAUUCUGGAGGCUACAGAUCACGGAAUCAGGCCGAAGCUAUUCUCCACAGAUUAUGAAGUCUAUUAAUCCUAUUCUCUACGGAUGAUAAGUCCGUUAAGCAUCGAUUUGGGCCAAUUUAUUUUCGGAUGGCAUUUUCGUAAUUUCUUGGGCAACGAAAGGCCAUUUUCUUUGGAUAUUGAAGGCUACUAAUCGAGGAUUCGGCCUGAGGCUAUUCUCCAACGAUGAUUGAGUCCAUUAAGCACCGAUUUGGGCGGAUUUAUUCCGGGUUAAUUUUUGGCAGAUUCCAAAGGGGUACCAUCACACAUUUCGGGCGAUUUAUCCGAAAUGCCAUUUUCUUUCGAUUCUGGAGGCUACAGAUCACGGAAUCAGGCCGAGGCUAUUCUCCACCGAUUAUGAAAUCUAUUAAUCCUAUUCUCCACGGAUGAUAAGUCCGUUAAGCAUCGAUUUGGGCCAAUAUAUUUUCGGAUGGCAUUUUCGCAAUUUCUUGGGCGACGAAAGGCCAUUUUCUUGGGAUAUUGAAGGGUACAGAUCACGGAUUCGGCCUGUGGCUAUUCUCCAACGAUGAUUCUGUCCAUUAAGCACUGAUUUGGGCGGAUUUAUUCCGGGUCAAUUUUUGGCAGAUUCCAAUGGGCUACCAUCACAGAUUUCGGGCGAUUUAUCCGAACUGCCAUUUUCUUUCGAUUCUGGAAGCUACAUAUCACGGAAUCAGGCCAAGGCUAUUCUCCACCGAUAAUGAAGUCUAUUGAUCCUAUUCUCCAUGGAUGAUAAGUCUGUUAAGCAUCGAUUUGGGCCAAUUUAUUUUCAGAUGGCAUUUUCAUAAUUUUUUGGGCGACGAAAGCCCAUUUUCUUUGGAUAUUGAAGACUACAUAUCACGGAUUCAGCCUGAGUCUAUUCUCCAACGAUGAUUGAAUCCAUUAAGCACCGAUUUGGAGGGAUUUAUUCCGGUUCUAUUUUUGGCAGAUUCCAAAGGGGUACCAUCACAGAUUUUGGGCGAUUUAUCCGAAAUGCCAUUUUCUUUCGAUUCUGGAGGCUACAGAUCACGGAAUCAGGCCGAGGCUAUUCUCCACUGAUAAUGAAGUCUAUUGAUCCUAUUCUCCACGGAUGAUAAGUCCGUUAAGCAUCGAUUUGGGCCAAUUUAUUUUCGGAUGACAUUUUCUUAAUUUCUUGGGCGACGAAAGGCCAUUUUCUUUGGAUAUUGAUUGCUACAGAUCACGGAUUCGGCCUGAGGCUAUUCUCCAACGAUGAUUGAGUCCAUUAAGCACAGAUUUGGGCGGAUUUAUUCCGGGUCAAUUUUUGGCAGAUUCCAAAGGGGUACCAUCACAGAUUUCGGGCGAUUUAUCCGAAAUGCCAUUUUCUUUCGAUUCUGGAGGCUACAGAUCACGGAAUCAGGCCGAGGCUAUUCUCUACCGAUAAUGAAGUCUAUUGAUCCUAUUCUCCACGGAUGAUAAGUCCGUUAUGCAUCGAUUUGGGCAAAUUUAUUUUCGGAUGGCAUUUUCGUAAUUUCUUGGGCGACGAAAGGCCAUUUUCUUUGGAUAUUGAAGGCUACAGAUCACGAUUCGGCCUGAGACUAUUCUCCAACAAUGAUUGAGUCCAUUAAGCACCGAUAUGGGCUGAUUUAUUCCGGGUCAAUUUUUGGCAGAUUCCAAAGGGGUACCAUCACAGAUUUCGGGCGAUUUAUCCGAAAUGCCAUUUUCUUUAUAUUUUGGAAGCUACCGAUCACGGAAUCCGGCCGAGGCUAUUUUCCACCAAUAAUGAGGUCUAUUGAUCCUAUUCUCCACGGAUGAUAACUCCGUUAAGCAUCGAUUUGGGCCAAUUUAUUUUCGGAUGACAUUUUUGUAAUUUCUUGGGCGACAAAAGGCCAUUUUCUUCAGAUAUUGAAGUCUACAGAUCACGGAUUCGGCUUGAGGCUAUUCUCCAACGAUGAUUGAGUCCAUUAAGCACAGAUUUUGGCAAUUUUAUUCUGGGUCAAUUUUUGGCAGAAUCCAAAGGGGUACCAUCACUAGGGGUGGUAAACGGUCGGUAACCGGUUAAACCAAUUACCGAAUAACCGGUUUCCGGUAUACCGUGAAGCAUUGAAGCCCCUCGUUUGGCGAUACCUUAUUGGAGUCGGUAUUCCGUCUACCGAAUGCCUUCGGUUGCGGUUAUUAAAUCGGUACCCGAUUACCGAAUGUGAAGGGACUGGUGAAUGGUGAUAAUGACGAAUGGUGGGGACCUGGUUAUGCAUAAUGCAUAAUGGCAAUGCAUUGCAAUGCCACUGCCCCCACUAAUUCCCAUAUCCCACUUAAUUAGAAUUGAGAAAACAUGUUGUCUUCUUCUUCACAGCACACUGCACACCUCGUGAAUCGUUAUGUCGUUCCCUUCAAAAAUUGAAAAUAGCUUCUGUGGCAGCCGACAGGGGAAGCUGCAUGCACCGCCGGUGGAAUUAAAUUAAACAAACAUAAUCAAAGAAAACAAUAGAUGUUGCGGCGAGGGAACAUGACAACAAAUCUGAAACUGACGGAGAGUGCCCCAUCGACGGAAACUGACGGGGAAGCUGCACCGGCGUCGGCGAUGCGGUCGAGCGUGCUGGGGACUACGGAGAGGAAGCGGCACAGGGUCGACGGAGAGGUUGCGGUGCUGGGCUGCCACGUCGCGGUCCGUCGGUCUGAGUGCGCCGGCGUCGGAGAGAACAUCGAUUGCCGAUUGGGGAUCCAAUUGGCGGCGAGACUCGUGAUGGUGAGGGCUGGCAGCUGGGUUAUGCAGGCAGGGAGCGAGACUGCGAGAGAGGGGAGGGGAAUUACUGAUUAUUAAUAUGUAAUUACAAAUUCCUUUUCCUAAUAGAGAACCAAUUGCAAGUUUGUAGCUAAUUAGGAGAAUCUCAGAUUACUACUGCGUCUUGCAAAUCCGGUAUCGGAAAACCGGCUUUCCGUCGGUUAGUUGGCAUCUGGGUUUCGGUAUACCGCCGUCCCAAAUUCAGCAUCCGAAAACCGUUAACAUCCGGUUAAUGGUUAACCGAUAACCGCGGUUACCGGUACGGUUAUCGGUUAAACCGUUAACCGGAAAACCGAAUCCCAGCCCUAACCAUCACAGAUUUCGGGCGAGGUAUCCGAAAUGCCAUUUUCUUGCGAUUCUUGAGGCUACAAAUCACGGAAUCAGACCGAGGCUAUGCUCCACCGAUAAUGAAGUCUAUUGAUCCUAGUCUCCACGGAUGAUAAGUCCGUUAAGCAUCUAUUUAGGCCAAUUUAUUUUCGGAUGGCAUUUUCGUAAUUUCUUGGGCGACGAAAGGCCAUUUUCUCUGGAUAUUGAAGGCUACAGAUCACGGAUUCGGCCUGAGGCUAUUCUCCAACGAUGAUGGAGUCCAUUAAGCUUAGAUUUGGGCAGAUUUAUUCUGGGUCAAUUUUUGGCAGAUUCCAAAGGGGUACCAUCACAAAUUUCGGGCGAUUUAUCGAAAUGCCAUUUUCUUUCGAUUGUGGUGGCUACAAAUCACGGAAUCAGGCCGAGGCUAUGCUCCACCGAUAAUGAAGUCUAUUGAUCCUAUUCUCUACGGAUGAUAAGUCCGUUAAGCAACGAUUUGGGCCAAUUUAUUUUCGGAUGGCAUUUUCGUAAUUUCUUGGGCGACGAAAGGCCAUUUUCUUUGGAUAUUGAAGGCUACAGAUCACGGAUUCGGCUUAAGGCUAUUCUCCAACGAUGAUUGAUUCCAUUAAGCACCGAUUUGGGAGGAUUUAUUCCGGGUCAAUUUUUGGCAGAUUUCAAAGGGGUACCAUAACUGAUUUCGGGCGAUUUAUCCGAAAUGCCAUUUUCUAUCUAUUUUGGAGGCUACAAAUCACGGAAUCAGGCCGAUGCUAUUCUCCACCGAUAAUGAAGUCUAUUGAUCCUA